AUGCAUGUUAGGAAACUAUGCCAUCGCAACUCUGAGAAAGGUACUGGUAGACAAGCUCCGAAAUCGAUAAUAUCGAUACCGGCAGGUUUGUAUUCACUGACGCACUAUUUGAAAAAUAGGCCUUCUUCGAGAUUAUACAAGAAAUUAUCGAACCCAAGGACAAGAUUCAGAUCGAGUAAAUAUCAUAUAUGGUCAAAAUACGAUUUAAUACAAGCCUUCAUCGAUUUAUGGGCGUAUAUGUAA